AUGGUGAGUGUCUUUGACAUGAAGCCUGACGUUAUUCGGAAAGAAAAUAACAGGCGUAUUUUCCUGUUCCCAAGAAGCAUCCCCCUCAGUUCACCUACCCGUCGUGACCUCUGCUUGCGUCCCUUGCAUUCUUCAUAUUAUUGUCUUCUGACCCCUGACCUGAAUUUAUCGCUCCUACUGUUGAACUACGAACUCCUUCCCAUUCAUUUAAUCCGCCCUAUCUUCGGAAUUUUAUUUUCUACUAAUAAACUUGUUGUAAUUUUAUUUCUUCUCCCAUCCACUCACUUUCUCUUUUCGAUUUUUCUCUUACUUUCUUCUCUCUCUUUUACAUUCAUUCACUUCCAACUUCUUUCACUCUCUCUUUCCUUUACUACACAUACUCUCUCUCACAGUAUCAUCUCUCUCUCUCUCUCUCUCUCUCUCUCUCUCUCUCUCUUACAGACCUACUCUGUUUCUCUCACUCAUUUUCAUUUUCUCUUACUUUCUCACACACUCUCCCUCACUAAAUCUACAACCUCUCUCAUUCCAUUUCACUAUUUUAACUACUUUUCUCACUUAUUCUUUCUUUCAAUCUUUUCUCUCGCACUCACUCUUUCUCUUUCAAACUUCCUUUCGUUCUUCCUCUCCCUCUCCUGCCACUAUCUUUAUUAUUAUCUCUCUACGCAUUGGCGCCAAUUUUCUUUCUUUUCUGUUAUUCCAAACCCGAAAAAAAAAUCUUAUUCUUUUCUUAAUUCUCUAAGCGAAACGCUACAGGCGAUAAUCCCCCCCUCCUUUCUUCCCUCUCCUCUUUCCUCCUCUCCUCUUUCCUCUCUCCUCUCUGUCUAUGUCAACAGGCAAAACUCUCUCUUUCUUUCUCUGCUUACACACUCUACUUUGUAA